UUGCCGGCUCCGGCAUUUCCAUUUGCAAUAUAUUGUGUGACGGUAUAAGCUUAUCCUUGUCUCUCGCGUAUACAUAACGCACCUCAUCUCGAUUACUUCUUUUUCCCCUCGUCGUUUUCACACGGCACCCAAGUGAUUCAGCAGUACUCGAGGUAGCUAUUGCAGCCAGUUAUCAAUUGUACGUGGACGAGACAAGAGAAAAAGCUUCUCCAAGAUGGUCAAGGCAGUUUGCGUGUUGCAGGGUGAAGUCAAAGGGACUAUUUUCUUCGAGCAAGUCAAUUCCUCUGAUCCAGUUAAGGUCACCGGCGAAGUCACUGGACUGAAGCCGGGUCUACACGGCUUCCACGUGCAUGAAUUUGGCGACAAUACCAAUGGUUGUACUAGUGCUGGACCACAUUACAAUCCACUGGGCAAAGAUCAUGCUGGACCCACUGAUGCUGAUCGUCACGUAGGUGAUUUGGGAAACGUUGAAGCUGGUGCCAAUGGAGUAGCCAAAAUCAACAUCACAGAUAAAGUGAUACAAUUGCAAGGUGCACACAAUAUUGUGGGAAGAACCAUGGUUGUUCAUGCUGACCCUGAUGACUUGGGUAAAGGUGGUCAUGAACUAUCAAAAACUACUGGUAACGCUGGUGCUCGUUUGGCAUGUGGAGUGAUUGGUAUUGCAAAAGAAUGAAUUUUCAGUAAAAUUUAAUUUACUAAAACAUAUAUCCAUUGCAUUAUCUUGUUACUUGCUGUAUGGGGUAGUCAUAAAAAAUAUCAUUCCUUUGAAUACAAGAUGUAUCAAGUUCUAUUAUUUUUUUAAAAAGUAUAUGACUCUUAACACUACUUUUCAUUUAUUAGUUACUUAAUGUUGAUUAAAAUAUUACUAUUAAAAUUUUUAAUUAUUUGUCUUCAUUUAUACAAUUCUAUUGUCUUAUUCUCAAAUAAAAAAGUUACUCAAUUGUAACAAAAUUA